AUGUGUGUGUUGUACCUGAGACCUGAGCAGAUCCAGUUCAGACUUGAUCUCCUGGCCAAAUAUGACAUUACAUCCCGCAAGUUGGAGACUACCAUUCAUGCAGCGAACUUGAUCGUAGCACAAAUGUCAAUUGUGCAUGAGUGCUACCGUGUAGUUCUCAAGGAGCAGCUGCAAGCCAGAGGUGUUGUAGACCCCAUUCUACUACCACCACCAACCACAGUGACUCCAGCUGCACCGCAACUUCCGAAGCCACGGAAGAGGAAGACCAAACCGAAGCCACAGCCGGUACAGGCACCUCAACUUCCACCGCCACAGCCGCCACCUAGCAUCCUGCAACACACGGUUCAGGAAUUGCUUCAGCGGCCCUCCACUUCCACAGCAUACUCCGACCUGCAAAGGGCGCUCGAAGCCAUCGUCCAUCAGGAAGGCAACUCGAGCGGAGAGGACAGUCCAGGAGAAGAACUCCAGAACGGCGUGCAGGCCGACGGGCAGAGGAAACCACUCGUUGUCACUUCUGCAAAGAACGACACUCGCCUUCGAGAUGUGACGUCUAUCGGCGACUGA